AUGAAGUACUUGGCUGCUUACUUGCUAUUGGUCCAAGGUGGUAACGCAUCUCCAUCUGCUGCAGACAUCAAAUCGGUCAUCGAGUCCGUUGGUGUCGAAGCUGAAGAAUCCAGAAUCAACGAAUUGUUGUCUUCUUUGGAAGGUAAGGGUUCUUUGGAAGAGAUCAUCGCCGAAGGUCAACAAAAGUUCGCCAGUGUCCCAGCUGGUGGUGCUGCUGUCUCCGGUGGUGCUGCUUCUGGUGCCGCUGCUGGUGGUGAAGAAGCUGCUGAAGAAGAGAAGGAAGAAGAGAAGGAAGAAUCCGAUGACGACAUGGGUUUCGGUUUGUUCGAUUAA